AUGAUGAUACCCAUAAUCAAUAAAAACUCCAUUUGUGGAGAUAAAAAUUACAAGCCACCAACUGCAUUCCCCAUUGGUCCGUUCAAAAGAUACAAACAUAACCCCAUAAUGAAACCCGAUCCCGAUGUUGAAUUUGAGAGUGCAUAUUUGUACAAUGCUACAGCAAUUGUCAUUGAUGAUCAUGUAGUAAUGUUGUACCGAGCUCAAAAUAAAGCCAAGUUAUCAUCUGUAGGAAUUGCUUGGUCUUCUGAUGGGGUUAAUUUCCAUAAACACAAGAAACCAAUAAUAACUGCCACUGAACCUUAUGAAGAAGGUGGUGGAGUUGAAGAUCCUCGAAUUGUCAGGGAUCCGGAACUGAAGUUGUUCAUUGUUACCUAUACGGCUUUUGACUUACAUACAGCUCGAUUAUGUGUUGCAACCAGUGAAGAUUUGUUUCAUUGGACCAAACUCGGUCCUAUUGUGCCACCCACUUGGAAAGAUAUCGCUGUCACCAGUAAUGGAAACAGAAUUAUCCGUAAAGAUUGGCUGAAGUCAGGGGCUAUUUUCAAUGAGAAGAGUAAAGAUGGGAAAUAUUAUAUGAUUUGGGGAGAUUGUCAAUUACAUUUAGCUGAAUCCAAGGACUUGAUACAUUGGAAGUUGACUAGUAAUUCAAUCAAUCAUAAUGUCUUUGCCAAGCAAGUUUUACAUCGUGAAAAUAAGUUGAUUGAAAGUGGUCCUGCCCCAAUCAAGAUGGCUGGUUCUAACAAUCAAUGGAUAUUCAUUUACAAUGCUGCAACUACUGGUGGAUACGACUUAGCCCCAGAGACGUAUACUGUUAAUUCCAUGUUGAUUGAUUAUGAUAACAUCAAGCAGGGCCCAUUGGCUAGAUUGGAGCAUCCUAUGUUGAAACCACAACUGCUGAAUGAAGUGGAAGGACAGGUAAACAAAGUGGUGUUUUGUGAGGGAAUUGUGCAGUUCAAGGGACAUUGGUUUUUGUAUUAUGGACAAGGGGACUCUGAAUUGGGAGUGGCAAUAGCUAAAGUGACUUAG